UAUAUCACAGAUAACAAUGCAUAAACACACCAGAUUUUCAGCUCUCUGAAAUCUGCCAACUUGGUGAACUGUGAAUAAACCGGGCGAUCCGAGUUGCGCGCUUGGCCUGGGCUGAUAUUCGAGGCGUCUCAGUAGCCGUUGGCGCUCAGUUAGAUACGGAAGGUGCGCGUUCCUUGGGUUGCGUUACUUGUUUUGAGUGAUAUAGGAGGACAUUCAGUACAACAGUAAGAGUAACACACUCCGAAUGCAGGCGGAAAAGGAAGAGCGAUCAAGUAUGGGGAGGUCUGGCAACGACUGCGGCUGGCGACGAGGGAAACUGACCGCCUUCCUUAUAGUCUUUGAGAUCAUCUUCAUCGUGUUGUUCGCCAUUUUCAUCGACUAUGAUCCCACCGCAAACGCCCGCCAUAUCAGCAACAGCUUGGACCUGGCCAAGAACGGAUCCGACCCCAAAAAGAAUAUCGUCAAGGAGUUGUACCCAAUGUUCCAAGAUGUCCACGUGAUGAUGUUCGUCGGUUUUGGUUUCCUGAUGACAUUCUUGAAGAGAUACGGUUUCGGAAGUGUUGGUCUAAACUUCCUCAUAGCUGCGUUCGUCAUCCAGUGGGCGACGCUGUUGACAGCGUUCCUCCACCUCGAUCAUGGCAGAUAUGCCCUCACUAUCAUAGACCUGAUCACCUCUGACUUUGCCGCAGCCGCCGUCCUGAUCUCGUUUGGUGCUGUCCUCGGGAAGACCAGUCCUUUGCAGCUCAUCAUCAUGGCCUUCAUUGAGAUCAUCUUCUUCACUGGCAAUGAGUAUAUUGGACUCUAUAUGUUCAAGGCUGUAGAUGUUGGUGGUUCCAUGUAUGUCCACGUGUUCGGAGCUUACUUCGGCAUCGCCGUUGCCAGGGUGAUAUAUCAUGGUGAUGUGGAAAAGUCACAGAAAGAGGGCUCUGUCUACCAUUCUGAUGUCUUCGCCAUGAUCGGUACGGUGUUCCUGUGGAUGUUCUGGCCCAGUUUCAACAGCGCCCUGGCGCCGGGAGACGACCAGCACCGAGCUGUCAUCAACACCUACUUCGCCCUGGCUGCCUGCUGUGUCACUGCCUUCGCAGUUUCCGCCGCCGUGUGUAAAGAGAAGUUCGACAUGGUCCACAUCCAGAAUGCCACCCUGGCUGGGGGCGUGGCUGUUGGUACCUCUGCUGACAUGAUGAUCGGUCCAUUUGGUGCUAUGAUCAUCGGUAUGCUGGCCGGGACGCUGUCUGUACUGGGAUACAAGUACCUCUCGCCUGUGAUGGCCCGACGCCUGAAGCUUCAUGACACGUGCGGUGUUAACAACCUUCACGGCAUGCCAGGAUUGCUGGCCGGAAUCAUCGGGACCAUCGUCGCUUCCCUCGCUGUCGAGAAGAAUUAUGGAUACAGUCUCUACGAAAUCUUCCCCGCCCGAGCCCCCGCCGCCAACACCACACAACUCCUCGAGAUUCAGAAGGUACUCAGCAUCAACAGCGGCUCUGGACGCAGCGCUGGAAUGCAGGCAGCCAAUCAAGUCUUCGCUUUGUUACUCUCGCUUGGAUUCGCUAUCGUUGGAGGAAUACUCACGGGCUUCAUUAUGAAGAUCCCCCUUUUCGAGCCCCAAAGCGGUGGCGACAUGUUCUCAGACAGACGAUACUGGGAGUUGCCUGACGACUUUGUUGAAGAGGCCCAAGAAGGGGAGUCCCAUGAUGACAGUGAAAACCAUGUGAAGGUGCCUUUGGGUGAGGAGAACACGAGAAUAUAAACGAUCUGAUACGAAAACUCCAAGUUGUGGCGAUAUCUAGGCUAUUUUGAGCUAAAAUAAUAUUUCUAAUAUAAAACUGCGACAAACUUUGGACUUUGUAUUGGAAAUAUCAGUCCGUUUAAGAACACUUUCUUACAAGCGCGGCUGCCGCUGCAAAAGGAUGGUCAAGGACCAUUUGGAGAAAAUGGGCUAGCAAAUCAGUCGAAAGGGAAAUGCAUAAGGACAGCCAAGUCCAGCAGACCUGAGCUGUGUGGGUAGGUAGUCGGCUGGGUGGGUGGGUGGUAGGGGAGCUGAGUGGGUUGGUGAUCAGCUGGGUGGGGUGGGGAGAAGCUGAGUGGGUAGGUGCAUGGUCGGCUGGGUAGGCCUAAGGGUUGGUGGGAUAGGGAUAGACAUAUAUGUUCUAACCUUGUGGCUGUGGGAUCUACACACAUUUCAAUAAACCACCACACGCACGUACUUGCACGUUUAUUAUCAGUAUUAUUAUCAUUAGGUAGUACCAUAUAUUUUUGAUAGCAUUCUCAACAUGUUACCGACAUUUUAUGUACGAUCAUUUUUACCUUUUUAAAAAAUUGUAAAGGAAAUAAAACGAU